CAAUAUCUUACUCUUAUAUUUUCUCAUCUUGUGCAUCAGUUUAUGCCAGAAACCGAUUGUUGUCUCUCGCUCUGAAGCAGACAGCGUGCUCUAGUUCUUAGAGCGCUGCACAGUUCACUGUUGGAUGACCUGCGUCGUUUUUGUGGGUUCGAUUAUUAGCCGCCGGAUUUGGUUAGGCGGACGGAAUUAUUCGAAAAUCUUUUCCUGGAUUCGAAAUGUCAAUUGGCGCAUAUGCGCCUGCAAUGUCAGCCAUUGACCCAAACACUGGCCAGCUGAUCGAGCUUGCAGUCGAUCAGUCUGGGGCGUACGUUAUGCAAGAUGGCUCUACCGUGCUUACCACCUCCCAGCUGCAGCCCACCAUUCAGGGUGGUAAAAGCCUACUGAAACCUGAGUUGGCGCAACACCUUACACAACAUUCCGGCUACAAGGCCCCUGUCGGUCGAGGCGGCUUUAAUCUUGGCACCAAUGACCCCCGUUGGGUGAACGUAAGUACUCCACGGACCACUCGCGGUGUAACCAGAAAGCCAGUUGGACCCACCGUUGGGCACCUCCAACCUGCCGCUUUGGCAAUACCUCAACCCACAGCCUUGGCACCAGCAGCCUCCGGUUUACUGUCUUUAGGCACCAGGUACACACCCUCCUCCGCGUCAGCCUUCGGUGCGAAUGCGUCCGUACCUGCUGGUGGAGCUAUCGUUCCUUCAUCCGGAGCAGCUACAGGGCUCAUGUCCGCGAAUGUUAACAAUAUGGGGCUUGAACGAGACCCCAACUACCGCCUGGCCGCUGCUAUUGCGGGGACCGGGGGGCGUGGACGACCUAGGGGAAGACGCCCACUGAGGGGCCAGUUCCCUGUCGUCCCAAUCGACAUGGUUCGUCAGCUGGGUAUUGAACAACAGGUUAUUCUGCAACCUGCGGCCCCAGUUGCAAUGAGGAACAAAGCAGUUCUUUGUCGUCCUUUGUCAAUGUGUCGCAAGAUACAAGCGACGCCUGUCCAGUUUGAUCAAUCGGCGGAAGAUUCUGCAGCCCUUAUUCGGGCGAGUGACGUUAACGAUACCUUGCUACGGAAACAACAACGCAAACCGGACGCUCAACCAAUAAAGAUUGAGGCUUCUUGUCAAUAUGCAGACGCCUCAGUUUGCACCGAUUUGGCGACCGACAAAACGCAAAAAAGACGGAAGACGCUGGAUUCUGGCACGUGUACCCUGCCGUCCGUUAGUUCAGUCCAUGUGGGCUUACAAACAGAUGAAUCCGGAUUAAAAGAAGCCCACGAACGAAUACAAUACCUCCCGAUCCCGAUUCCUGUUCCCGUACUGGUUCCGACCCCAAUUUGUUGGUUCUCCCAUCCCGUUCCUCUUCUUGUGCCGUUCCCAAUGCCAUGUGUUAUCCCGCUCCCAGUCCUUGCCGGAAAACCCGAUGCAGUUGAUAUAUUGGAAACGGAAUCUCCUUCUCUGUGCGUUGAUGACACAACCAACGAAUUGCCAACCGAGUUGGAUCGUCCUCAGAGCCCCCUCUUAGAAGUUGACGCACAACUGGAAGAAAAGUCAACCGAAUCUGAUAUGUCUGAGAGUGAAUGUGAGACUCCCAACGAAGUAGCUGAGACGGAGACAACCAGGAUCGUGGAAAAGGUCACCGUCCAUCCCACCGAGCGAGGCUUGAAACGUGCCGCCAGCUCGCCCGAACGUGAGGAAGAACCAGAUGGAUCUGAACCCAUUUCCGAAAUUCAAAAUGAAGACCCUUCUUUAUUACAUGCAUCCCCUUCCCUCGAAUUAACCCGAGAGAAUGUCCCAACCACCCUUGUCGCUGAGCCGGUCGCACCUCCAGCGAAAAGGCCACGUCACACGGUUGUUGUUUCUGAUGUAAACUAUCAUCUCAAGUUCUCCUAUGGUAUCAAUGCUUGGCGCCAUUGGGUGCAGCAAAAACUGAAUAGCUCGGGCGGAGUUUCUUCAACACAACAAUAUCCCUAUCUCAAGACAGAACUGCUCAACAUGUCAGAAGCUGAUCUGAACACCACGCUGAGUCAGUUUGUUCGAGAGGUUCGUAAGCCGAACAACGAGUGCUACGUCGCGGACUCCAUCUUCUAUCUGUGUUUAGGGAUACAAGAGUAUUUGAAUGAGAAUGGAUGCACAACAAACCUUUUUGGUGGACCCAUGUUUGCCGACUUCACAAAGGCUUUGGAUGAUAUAUUAGCCAACUUUCAACCCCGGAUCAGUCCCGAAGGUCUACUAAUUUGUCGUAUUGAGGAAGAACACCUAUGGGAGGCGCGACAGUUGGGUUCCCAUUCUCCCGAGAUUCUCCUGUUUACCGUACUGUAUUUGAAUACCAAACACUUUGGGCUGCGUGUUGGUACUAUUCACCGCCAGCUAGCGUUCGCUUACUUCCGAUUUACUGAGGAACGUUCGAAUAACGCUGCUUUACUCUGUCAUUUACCCGGUCAUCUCUUCGGUGGUGGGGGAGAGGCGUCAACAACUCUACGACUUGAUGUCAAUGAGGAUUGCCCUGCGAGGUGUCCCGUCGCACUGUUCCGAAGUUACUUUUCCCACUGGUUGGUCAUCUCUGCUUCCGCCACUCAACUGGACCUGCGACAGCGAUUUUCGAAUAACUCCUCAAGAUUUGAUUGGUCCAUAUCGACUUUGGAUCGGAACAUCGCCCGUACUAAGAAGAAGUUUGGUGUGAACGGAGGUUACAAUGAGGAUUCUUCAAAAAAUGAAGUUGAAACUAACAAGCAGCAACAAAUAACUCCACCACAAGUUCGCAACUCGGACGACAUGUUCUAUUUGAUCCCAUCAUACCGUCUGGGUCAAAGUGAAUACUGGUUUUCCGAUACAGCAAUGGAGUCGGAUGAGUUACAAGUCAUCCUGAACAGGAUCAAAAUGGUAAAAGAAAUACAAGAGGCAUUUAUGAAUGGACAACCAGAUGGUGGCUUCUAGUCGUCAUACACUUUCAUCUCACACCAGCUCUAGAUCACCUUUCCUGCAUGGGCGAUUUUUUUCUACCUUGUUUGUAUGACUUACUCGUCAGCUCUGUACCGCUCGUCAGGGCACGUUGAUGUCUCGCGCCCAAUCUCGCGUGCACUCUGUAUUUUGUGAACCCUCAUUCAUAAAGUUUUGUACAAACUUGAUGCUCUUAUUUGUGCAGCUGCGUCCACUUUUUACAUAUAUACAUAUAUCGUUUAUCACAUCCGAUAAAACAUUCGCCCCAC